AGAAACCAGCCCUGGGAAGGGGGAAGAACAGAGAAGAGGCUACACCUGGGAGAGGGAGUGGAGGAGGAAGAAGAGUUGGCAAAAAAGCCUAUCCUAAUGUCCAGGCAUCUGUAGCCCAAGUGCUUUUAAUUUCUAUCAGGGCACCAAAUUCACUGCCUUGUCAUCUCCACCACCCCUCCCAAGCACAUUCUAGGCUCUCCCCUCCCCACAAUGGUUUCAGACAAUUCGGGGAAGAAGUCACCAAUUUCUACAAGGCCUCACUCACAGCCAUCUCUGAAAGCACAUGGCCUCGACUGCCCCGUCCCCUCCCCUCUACAAACACAGCUGCCCAGCAACUCCCAGUGAAGAGGGAAGAGAGGGAUCACCGGGGUUACCCCCCCCCCUCCCCAGGAAGACUGGGAAGUUUGCUUUACCAGGCCCCUCCCUUGAACCUUGUUUGCUAGAGGGGGAGGAGAGCACAGAGGAAGAAAGGAGAGGGAGGAGAAGGGACGGGAUCUCCAGUCACCUCCUCAGCUGCGGGGGAAGGGAACAGGAAGGGGCUGCCCAAGAUUACCAAGCCACGCAAGGCUCUGGAGGGGUGGAGCUGCCGAGGAUGGGGAGGGUCGAGGAGGUACCUGGGGAUGCAGCCUACAAGUCGUCGCUUCUAAUUGGUUGAUGGGGAUCACCUGAGUGUUUGCUCUCCCGGGGCAACAUGGCGACGCCCAAGAGAUAAUUUAAGAAACGUGUUCCGUUCCAGAUUCCCGGUUUGCUGUAACCGCUGUCGCUACCGAAAAGUCAAGAAAGAGCCCCCAGUAGAUGUCCAUUCGAGCUGCUCUGUGGCUGCAGUUUGGCAGACGCAGCAUCCAGAGACAAUUCCAAAGCUUCUGCCGAGUCCAGUUAAUGGAGGGGACAAAGGUUCCUCACUGUAAAGGUCCCGCCAUAGCUGACAUAGAGAAUGGUGCCCAUCCAGAGCAGCCCCAGCCUGGGGCAGAACUGGGGGAAACAGUCAUCUCUGAGGGAGCUGCCAGGAUUGUUUUUCCCAACAGCAAUGAAGUGUUUUACAACCCAGUUCAGGAAUUCAACAGAGACCUAACAUGUGCCGUCAUUACAGAGUUCGCUCGGAUACAGCUCUUGUCCAAAGGAUUCAGAGUGAGAGUGCCAGGUGAGGAGAAGCUUCAGAAGGUGGUUGUGAAUCUGACUGAAUCGGAGGAGGGAAGCAUGGAGCCCUGUCCCAGGGACCAGCCUCAGACAGCAGCUGUGGGGAACGUCUGUGAGGAGGGGUUGCGUGUGCUGGAGGGCUUGGCAGCAUCAGGCCUUCGCUCCAUCCGGUUUGCUAAGGAGGUCCCUGGCCUCCAAGCUGUGAUAGCCAAUGAUGCCUCUUCCCGGGCUGUGGACCUCAUACGCUGCAAUAUCCAACUAAACAACGUUAGUCACCUGGUUCAGCCUAAUCUAGCCGAUGCUCGGUAUGAGUGCCAGAGACCUGUGAUGUAUGAGCACCAAAGGAGAUCUCAGAGAUUUGAUGUCAUUGACCUUGACCCUUAUGGAAGCCCAGCCACAUUCCUUGAUGCUGCAGUGCAGGCUGUGUCUGAAGGAGGCCUGCUGUGUGUGACCUGCACUGACAUGGCUGUGAUGGCGGGGAACAGCAGCGAGACGUGUUACAGCAAAUACGGAGCCAUGUCCAUCAAGAGCAAAGCCUGCCAUGAAAUGGCCCUAAGAAUUGUGCUGCAUAGCCUAGACCUUCGGGCCAACUGCUACCAACGCUAUAUCGUCCCCCUGCUCAGCAUCAGUGCUGACUUCUACAUCCGAGUCUUUGUUCGUGUGUACACAGGCCAGGCCAAAGUCAAAGCCUCAGCCAGUAAGCAAGGAUUCGUGUUCCAGUGUGUUGGCUGCGGUUCCUUCUACCUGCAAAGACUGGGCAAGGCAGUUAACAGUGGUGGACGUGUUAAAUUCUCAGCGGCCACAGGUCCCCCGGUGGGGUCUGAGUGUGAGCACUGUGGGCAGCGACAUCAGCUGGGCGGCCCUCUGUGGGCAGAGCCGAUCCAUGACCCAGACUUCGUGGGUCAGGUUCUGGCUGCUAUCAGCAGGAACACAGGGCGUUUCCGCACAUCAGCAAGGAUCCGUGGUGUCCUUAGCAUGGUCACUGAGGAGCUGCCAGAUGUGCCCCUGUAUUACACUCUGGACCAGCUGAGCAGUACCAUUCAUUGCAACACACCCAGUCUCUUACAGCUUCGGUCUGCGCUCCUCCACGCUGGCUUCCGAGUGAGCCUCUCUCAUGCCUGUAAGAAUGCUGUGAAGACAGAUGCCCCUCCCUCGGUGCUCUGGGACAUCAUGCGCUGCUGGGAGAAAGAGAACCCUGUGAAUCGAGAGCGUCUCUCAGAAACCAGCCCAGCCUUCCACCCAUGUGUACACACCUGUGCCCCUAAUGCCAUCCCCACACUGUCCUCAAGGCUCCAAGCCAAUUUCUCCAUCCGGGAUGAUGCUAACCCCAGCUCCCGACAGCAGGGCCUCCAGCGAUUCCAAGCGAACCCUGAAGCCAACUGGGGGCCAAAGGCCAGAGCCCGGUCAGGGGGAAAGGCCCCUUUAGAGCUGGUGGAGAAACGGAGACAACUGCAGAACAAACGGAAGGAGCCCAGUAAGGACCAGGGAACAGAGAAGCUCAAGGCCUUCCCUUGCAAGAAGUUCAAACAGGGAACUUGCCUCUUGGGGAAUGAAUGCUGUUACUCUCACUGCCUUGAGGAGCCCCAACCCAGCCCAGUUUCCUCACCCUGAGGGCCUCUGCCUCAACCCUGCUCCCUUUGGAUUCAGAUAAUAAAGUUCAAUACUCCCCC